AUGGAGGUACACAGACACUCUCCACCAAAAUCCACAGCACCACCAGAUGCCCCGGCCGAACAGAAUUCUGAGGAGGCGGAAGUAAUCUUAGAUCAGGAGGCAGCUCCUGCUACCUAUAACUCCUUCUCGCCAGAGGAGAAUGUUAUGCCCUCUUCACCCACUGCUGGGGAUGAGCUCAGGAACUUCCAGGAUCUCUUCAAACAAAUUGCUGACAUGCUCCAGCUGUCAGCAUGCGACAGUGGCCACACCCCGGAGACCGUCUCGGCUGGCGGGCUAAACCAGGUGAGGGUAGCCGAUGAGUAUGAGACUCUCAACAGACCGGAGAGAAGAACAGCACUUGUCGCUAGAGAGCUCGCGCGCUACGACAUUGACAUUGCAGCCCUUAGCGAAACUCGCCUUGCUAAUGAAGGACAGCUGUCCGAGUCAGGCGGUGGCUAUACAUUCUUCUGGAGUGGCCGCAGCAGUGAUGAGCGUCGCGAAUCUGGAGUUGGCUUCGCCAUCAAGAAUCAUCUUGUUCGGAAACUUGCCAGUUCCCCCAAGGGUAUGAAUGACCGGCUCAUGACAAUGCAGCUUCCGCUUCAAAAAGGAAAACAAGCUACUUUGAUCAGCGCAUAUGCUCCUACAAUAACGGACCUAGAGGAUGUGAAGGAUAAAUUCUACGAAGAACUAGAUACUCUGCUAUCGUCAGUGCACCGCACAGACAAGCUGAUUGUGCUUGGCAAUUUUAACGCAAGAGUCGGAUGUGAUGCCGCAGCCUGGGAAGGAGUCAUCGGGAAAAAUGGAGGGAAUGGCCUCUUACUGCUGAAAAUCUGUGCAGCACAUGACCUUCAGAUUAGCAAUACGGUCUUCCGCCUUUCUACCCGUAACAGGACUUUGUGGAUGCAUCCCUGUUCCAAGCACUGGCAUUUGAUCGAUUAUGUCAUCAUCAGGAGAAGGGACAGACAAGAUGUCAGGAUUACAAAAGCUAAGUGUGGCGCUGACUGUUGGACGGAUCAUAGGCUCAUAGUAUCCAAAAUGAAGCUCCGUAUCAUGCCGAAGAGACGACCACAAGGCUGUAAGGCUUUCAAAAGGAUCAACGUGUCGAAGCUGAAGAACAGCUGCAUCACUGAAAAUCUAGCGGAAGACCUAGAGAAUGAGCUUGCUGAUCUUCGUAUUGAGGACGACGCUGAAACAGUACAGAACCAACUGUGCAAAAUGCAGGACUUGUGGCUGAGCACCAAAGCAGAUGAAAUACAGGCAUAUGCGGACAGGAACGAUAAGCGUUUUUAUGAAGCCCUCAACACACUCUAUGGUCCAUAG